UUUUAUUUGAAAGUCACGGUCACAGUUUAAGACUGUUUGUUCCUUGUAUUGUGAUGGUAAACACAAGCCCACGCUAAGCGGGCCGUACGCCGAAUUUGGCUCUGUCACAUGUUCUAAACCACGAGCACACAAGGCACCUAGCUUAUUCAACAGAGAGCAGACGAAAAGAUCGAAGAAUGGAUCCUACACAUUGUGACAAUCAGGCUACUCCGAUAUCCUGUAAUUUGCAGUGCUAUGCAUUAAGAUUAAAACCCGGCCAGGAAUUGAAAUCUCACUUGGUGGAGUUUGUACAAGAAAGGAGUCUUACAUCGGCGUUUGUGCUCACCUGUGUGGGAAGUGUUACCAAAGCUAGACUCAGAAUGGCGAAUGCAGAUUAUAUAAAAGUCUUUGACGGUCCUUUUGAAAUUGUCUCACUCGUUGGUACACUAUCUGGGGGAAAGUCGGGCCAUCUUCAUAUAUCACUGAGCGACAAGGAUGGUCACGUGAUUGGUGGUCACGUGAUGGGAGAUCUGUUUAUCCACAGCACAGCUGAGAUUGUCAUUGGUUCCUGCUCGGGAGUGAGGUUCACGCGGGAGUUUGACCCAGAUACCGACUAUGACGAGUUGGUCGUUUCUAAAACAGUGACGUCAUAAGAGGAAUAAUAUUUUUUUAAUUAAAGUCCUAUCAAAUA